AUCUUAAAUCAUUCACAAAAGGAAAAUAAACAAAGAUGGCUAAGAAUAGUGCUUCCACCACUUGUUUCUACUCUUUGCUCUUAAUAUCUUCCAUUCUAUUUGCUUCACAUUUUCAUGCUUCUGAGGCACAAGCCCCAGUAGUGAAAGGUUUGGCCUAUAAUUUCUUUGGCCAAACAUGUCCCAAUCUUGAAAACAUUGUGAGAAACCAUCUUACUAAGGUUUUCAAAUCCGACAAUGGCCAAGCUCCUGGCUUACUCCGUAUCUUUUUCCAUGAUUGCUUUGUUCAGGGAUGUGAUGGAUCAUUGUUAUUGGAUGGAAAUCCAGGUGAAAGGGAACAGCCACCAAACGCAGGUAUGAGAACAGAAGCCUUGAAAACCAUUGACGACAUUAGAGCUCUUGUCCAUAAGGAGUGUGGAAGGACAGUUUCUUGUGCAGACAUAACUGUCUUGGCUGCUCGUGAAGCUGUUUUCCUAUCAGGAGGACCCAAUUUUCCAGUACCAUUAGGAAGAAAAGAUGGCACAACAUUUAGCAUUAAAUUAACAAGCAAUCUUCCACAACCAUUCAACACAACAAGUGUAACACUAAAAACAUUUGCAGCACAAAACUUUGAUGUAACAGAUGUUGUUGCCUUAUCAGGUGCACACACAUUUGGUCGUGCACAUUGUGGUACAUUUUUCAAUAGACUUUCACCACUAGACCCCACAUUAGACCAAACCUUAGCCAAUAAUCUUAAAGCCACUUGUCCUAAUGCAAAUUCAGGUAACACUGCAAAUUUAGACAUUAGGACCCCAACAGUUUUUGACAACAAAUAUUACCUUGAUUUAAGGAGCAAACAAGGUUUGUUUACUUCUGACCAAGAUUUGAACAUUGAUUCAAGGACAAAAGGUUUGGUUAAUGAUUUUGCUGUUGAUCAAAAUUUGUUCUUUGAGAAGUUUGCUAAUGCUUUUAUUAAGGUGAGUCAGUUGAAUGUUUUGGUUGGUAAUCAAGGUGAAAUUCGUGCUAAGUGUAAUGUGGUAAAUGGUGCCAAGAAAUCUGUUUUGAAAACUUUGGUUGAUGAAGGGAUGGAAUUGAUGAAUCAGUUUUGAAUUUGAGGCAUAGUUUGUAGUAACUUUUGUUGUAAUUUUGUGUUUUGUUGUAAUGUUGUUGCCUUUGGUUUUGGCUAUGUUUUGGGGUGUUUAUGUUUCUUUGUUUUAAUGUAUGGCUCAUGUAAUAAUAAGAACAGUUCAGCAUGUACUUGAGUUAAUGCAAAGAAAAUCUUAUGAAUUGGAAUAAUAA